UCAUUGACUUGCGCAUGUCUGAAUUUACACAUGAGCAGACUUCCAGGUUUUCCGGAAAAUAUUUUGAUAAAAUUAUUAGCAUUAGACCGGACGUAAUUCACAAUAUCUAAGUUUUUCUGAGAGAAUAUGAAGAGACCUAGAAAUGCAGAUUGUGCUAAAUUACGUAGACCUCUUAAAAGGAGCAAAAUAAGUGAAGGAUUUUACGGAAGUACUUUCCUGUACAUGAAGUUUCUGAUGGUGUGGGCUCUAGUCCUGAUGGCAGAUUUCAUCCUCGAGUUCCGCUUUGAGUACCUGUGGCCCUUCUGGCUUCUCAUGAGAAGUGUAUAUGAUUCCUUCAAGUUCCAAGGCCUGGCAUUUUCUGUAUUUUUUGUAAGCAUCGCCAUAACAUCUGAUGUAGUUUGCUACCUGUUUAUACCAGUACAGUGGCUGUUUUUUGCUGCCAGCACAUAUGUCUGGGUACAAUAUGUUUGGCAUACAGAAAGAGGUAUAUGUCUUCCCACAGUGUCACUGUGGUUACUAUUUGUUUAUAUAGAAGCAUCUGUACGACUUAGAGAGCUUAAAAACUUGCCAUUUAACCUUGAUCUAUGUCGACCUUUUGCUGCUCAUUGUAUUGGUUAUCCUGUUGUCACUUUAGGAUUUGGUUUCAAGACUUAUGUUUCAUAUAAACUGAGAUUGAGAAAACAGAAAGAUGUACAAAAAGACAAUGAAUUUUAUUUUCAACUUAUACAACAAGCACUGCCUCCAGAAUUACAAAAUGUAGAAAAACAAAAAGCUUUACCUGCCAAAUCAGAAGAGGAAGUAAUCUCAAAUGGAAGUGUGCCAGUUGACAAAUCAUCAACAUCAUCAUCAACCAAAUCAUCUUCUAAAGAUGAGAGCAAAAAGUCAAGUAAAGAUACAGAUAAUGAAGAUGAUAUACAAUAUAUAGAACAGAGUCUGCCUAAAAAGACAGCAGAUAUAAACAGCUUUGAUGAAAGUGCUGAUAAUUUCGCCAAUGAUCAGCAGGCAAAAAAUUAUAAACAGAAUGGUAUUGGUAAAGUUUCGAGCUCAAAGCUGAACAGUAAUAAAGAGAAUAGUUCUAAAAAAGGGAAAAACUACAACAAAGCGGAUAUAUCCUCUUCAGCAUUUGCUAAUAAUAAAGAUGAAGCAGCAUAUAUACAAAGAUUGGAAAAUGAUGUUAAAAGAUUGAAAACAGAUUUACAGAUUAGUCGGAAUACAGAACAAGAACUUAAAUCUCAGAUAAACAGUUUUAUACUUAGUGAUAAAAACACAAGGUCCGAGCUGUAUCAACUACAACAGGACAAUGAAAACUUACAGAACAAACUUCAUAACUUGGUAACUAGUCGACAGAAAGAUAAAGAAAAUUUAUCAGCAGUUGAGCGUAAAUUACAAGAAGAGAAGAAAGCUAAAAGUGCAUUAGAACAACAGCUGAAUACUGAAAGAAAAGCUAAAAAGGCAGAAGAUGCUGCAGCAGCCAGAGCUGUUGCUCUUGUUACUGCCAGAGGUGACUGCUGUACAGAAGUGUGUUUAUCACGGAGACGUGACACAGAAAAUGAUAUACAGAAGUUGAAAUGGGAUUUACAGAACAAAGAAGAUAAAGUUAGACAGCUUGAGAAGGAAGUACAGUCAUUACGUCAGUAUAAAGAUCAACAGAAUGAUACGGAAGUGUUGAUGUCAGCACUGGCUGCAAUGCAAGAUAAAACAUCACAUUUAGAAAACAGUCUUAGUGCAGAAACUAGAUUAAAACUUGAUUUAUUUUCUGCUCUUGGAGAGGCCAAACGACAGGUGGAAAUUUAUCAAGCUGUAAUACAGAAGCGUGAUCAAGAGAUAGUAGACCUAAAGUCAAAGAUGUCGGAAGUUAUGGCACUGAUGCCACAAAAUGCUGUUGUAGACGGCAUAACUAUAUCAAGCUCGGGCAACUCCUCUCCGUCACCGCUAUAUUCAUCAGCACAGUCACAGAAUACUACAGAAAAUGGGAUCCUCAAGUCAAAUCUGAACCCAAAUGCUAAAUUGUUUCAUGCCAAAACAAAUGUAGACUGAAUCUUAUCUGAGUAUUCUUUCUACUCCUGUUGACGACCCGUACUUACAUUUAAAUUUGGCUACAUUGUGUGAAGAAGUCAACAUUUCCCUAUUGCUCCUAGAUAUUUUGUGUUUGGUGCAUAUUUAAAUACCCUACUAGAGGUAUGGAUAUGAAAUAUCUGUUUGUUUUGGUUUUAGAUAAUGUAAAGGGGAUAUGUUGACUAUUUCAUGCAAAAUGCUUUGUGUGUUUUUUGUCGUAGAUUUGCUGUAUUACUUGAACUUCUAGCUAUUGAUAUAUGUGUGUAGUCUGUUAUGUUGGUCUUUGGGGAAAGAGCUGUUUUCUCAGGAUGUUGCUAUUAGCAUUACGUAACCAAACCCUGAUUGUAGCUGAAUGUUUUUUUUGGCAGUCUGAAGACAGUCAACUGAGUUGUCUUUGAAAAUCUACUUGAACCACUGUAUAUUAAUAACUUACAUUCAGAUAUUGUUUAUUGUAUCUUGAAUUUUGCCUUUGGUUUCAAUAGUAACAAAGCUACAUCACAUACCAAACUCGGGCAUACUUGAAGCAGUGUUGUUACUAGCUUUCAGUUUAUACUUCUGUGAAAAAAUUGGGUACCAGGUUUAGAUAAAUGUUUCUAGUAACAUCCUGAGGGAAAUAGCAGUUUUCGAGAUGGCUUCUAUCCAUGACAUUACACAGCUUGUUGAUUGAGAUGCCCUUUACUCUAUCACUGGGAAACUUCCAAACUUCACUGUUCUAAUAUUCAUCAAGUUUCAGUUAUUUUUCCAACUUUACAUCACAAGCACUUGCACAGAGACUGAAAAUCUAAGAAUCGAGGCAGUUCGUAUGUAGAUGCAGUAAUUGGCAUUUAUUAUAGCCUGGUCCACGAACUCCACUGGUGGCUCAUUGUCACACAUUGGUGUGAUGUUGGGCCGGUUGGGUAAUGCUCGCAUAUACAUCUUCAUUGACAUUAUUCAGACAUAAGAUAUUUUUGUCUAGUCUUUAUCAAAUAUAUCACAAAUUUGGCAAGGUUAUCUCAGAGAAAGUAACAUUUUAAUCAGAAGUAUGGAAUGGGUUGAAUAAAUACAAUGCGACCAUUUUUGGAAGGGUCAGUGGAAAUGAAACAGCUGGAAAGUAUUGAACCCACAUAAGUGUGAUAAAAUUCAGUAAGAGUGUACUUUUAUUUCACCAUUGUUAUUUAAUAUCUUAACUAAAAAUUACAUUUAACUAUUUUGUCUAGUUGUUUUUUUUUUAAAUAAAAGUUUGUCUAAUGAUAUAUUCUGGUAUUACAAUGUGGAUUUAUGUUAUAAUUGUGGUUGAUACAGAUCAGGGCCAGUAUUUACUUGUGUAUGAAAUUUAGAUAUGGACUUCAAAAAUUGCUAAAUUUUCAAUUUUCUUUCGAAAUAUUUUUUUUUCCAUUUUAUUACCAAGGCUUUCAGAUUUUACCUGUAUAUAUCAAAUAGAGGUUCUGUCUAUUU